AAUUUCCAGGAAAUUUCGGCGAAACUGUCUCUCCUUGGACCGAGACCAACCCUUGAACAGCCUACAUAAUAAUAUUAUAGAAUCAGUGAGUUUUAUAUUGAAAGAGAGUAGGUUGCUGUGUAUUCAGUAAUCAACACCUGGAAGAAGGGCUUUAUUCGGAAAUAUAGUAAUAAUGGGUAGACCAAAACAUGAACACUACUGGAAAAAAGUUGAUAAAGAAAAAGAUGGUUCCUUGAAGUGUAAGAAAUGCGGACAUAAAUUUAAAGGAGGAGUUUCAAGAAUUGAAGCACAUAUUAAGGGAACAGGAGGCAUUCGUAAAUGCUCCUCUCCCCUUAAUGAUACAACAUCUUCAAAUCAUUCCGAACAACACAUGAAUGUUAUCGAUACAUCACCAGUGGGGGAAAGGACCGAGGAAAUGACUGAUAGCGUUGGUCGUUCAAUUAACAAUGGAAGAGUUAUACAAUCAUCAUUAGGAGGAGCUUAUUGGAAUGAAGUGGUUGAAGGUGAUCAAGGGAUGGUAGAAAUGGUUGGUGGUGCAGCUAACCCUGAAAACAGUCCAUCAUUAACCCAUUUAUUAGAAGGUCAAGAAGCAGAAAAUGGUGAUGGUGUUGUGACUACUUUAGAAAGUGACUGUGAUGAGUUGAUAUCCGAUCUAACAAGUGGGGAAGAGGACAUUCAAGGACAAUUACAAUUGAUGGAGUCACGUGGCAAGGAGCGCAACAGACACGUUGAUUGGUGGUUGAAAGAACUACAGAACAUGAAACAAAGAGCUAUCAAUGUGAAAAAGACACUGAAUGAGUUUAGCUGCUCUAACUUCAAUGUGCAACAAGGACAAAUGUAUUUAGUUGAAGAAUUAGAAAAUGAAAUACAAGAUUUGUUUGAAGAGAUGGUAGGGCAUAUGGAAGGAAAGCCUUUGAUGCUGUCAAAUGAAUUUCUUGGCCGGCAAUUUGAGGAAAAUGUUAAGAAGAUGUGGGAUCUUCUGCGAGAGGAUAAAGUUUUCAGCAUUGGCAUACAUGGAAUGGGGGGAGUGGGAAAAACAUUCCUAGCAACUUACAUGGAAAGUGAGAUAAAGAGAACCAAAACUUUCAAAGAUGUCGUAUGGGUAACUGUUUCCCAUGAUUUCACCAUUUUCAAAUUGCAACAACACAUUGCAGAAAUAUUAAAAAUAAAGCUUUAUGGAGAUGAUGAGAGGGAGAGAGCAUUGAUUUUGGCGUCAGAGUUGGAAAAAAGAGAAAAUAUAGUACUUAUUUUGGAUGAUGUUUGGAAAUAUAUUGAUAUGGAAAAGGUCGGAAUUCCUCUUCGAAUGAAGGGUAAUAAAUUGAUCAUCACAAGUCGUUUGAGACAUGUUUGCCAACAAAUGGAUUGCCUUCCAAGUAAUAUGAUAGAGGUGAUGCCUUUCAAAAUUGGUAUUAAUUUUGAUGAUGAUUGGGAGUUAUUUUUGUUAAAACUUGGAGACCAUGGGACACCUUCAACACUCCCCUCUCAAGUUUUGGAUAUUGCAAGAUCUAUGGUAGGGAAAUGUGAUGGUUUACCACUUGGAAUCAGUGUAAUGGCUCGAACCAUGAAAGGGGAAACUAGAAUACACUGGUGGAGACAUGCCCUGAAUAAACUUGACAAAUUGGAAAUGGGAGUGGAGAUGCAGGAAGAAGUCUUAACUGUACUGAGACGUAGCUAUGAUAAUUUAACUGAAAAGGAUGUACAAAAAUGUUUCUUGUAUGGUGCAUUGCUACCAAAUCCUGUAAGAUCAAAUCCUGUAAGAAGAGAUCUUUUGAUUAUGAAUCAUGUUGAUAUGGUACUGUUAAAUGGAAAGAGGAGGUUGGAAGAAAUAUUUGACGAAGCAAAUGUCAUAGUGGAUAAACUCAUAAAUCAUUCUUUAUUGUUGGAGGAUAAUCGGAGGCUAAUGAUGCAUCCUCUGGUGAGGAAAAUGGCCUUGAAUAUCAUCAAAGAGAGUGGCAGUAACUUGAUGGUAAAAUGUGGGGAAAGUGUGGAAAAGAUACCUGACAUUGAGGAAUGGACAAUUGAUUUGGAAGUAGUUUCUCUGGCUAACUAUAAGAUACAAAAAAUUCCGGAUGGCACAUCUCCUAAUUGUCCACGUUUGUCUACCUUGCUUUUAUUUGACAAUCGAAUUACAGAUAUUCCAGAGUGUUUUUUCAUGCACAUGAAUGCUCUAACCACACUUGAUUUAUCAGGAAAUGAUGGCUUGACACGUUUGCCUCAUUCGUUGUCUAAAUUGAGGACUCUCACUUCUUUAAUGCUCAAUGAUUGUUCAAAUCUGAAAUACAUACGUCCACUGGGAGAGUUACAAUCAUUGUUAAGAUUGGAGAUUUCAGGUUGUUCCAUCCAAGUACCACCGGAAGGUUUGGAAAAUUUAGUAAACUUGAAAUGGCUAGAUAUGUCCAAUGAUGUCAAUUUGAAGUUGGUACCAGGAAGUUUUCUCCCUAGUUUGACCAAUAUUCAAUAUCUAGAUCUUUAUGGCUGUUCAGGUAUAAAAGCAGAAGAUAUACAGGGGAUGAAUUUCCUUGAAUGUUUUGCAGGAACAUUUGUCGAUCGAGAGAACCUCAAUCGUUAUGUGCAACAAACACUGAAUAGUGAUUAUGGACCUCAAACUUAUUCUAUCCAUUAUCAGGAUCAGAGUCACAAAGGGCUUUGGGAGGAAUUUUGGAACCGGGAGCCUCUUUCCGAAUAUAAGUGUCGAACUAUGUGCAUCAAAGAUUGCGAAGAAUUGUCAUAUGUCCUCCCGAGAGACCUUGUGAAGUUAUCUGUAGAAGACAAUGGCCAAUGGGUAUGCUUAUGUGCUGCUCUGUCAUCAGAUGAUUCUUCUACUUUGAAGGAAAUUAACAUUCAGUAUUGCGCAAAACUGAAGAGCUUGUUUUGUUUAUCUUGUUCCUUAUGCGCUAAUAUCCAAAGCCUUCAAUCUUUGAGACUUUCUCAUCUGGAAAGUUUAACUACCAUAUGCAACAAAGAUAUUGUUAAUUUAAUACAACCUUGGCUUCCUAGUGGCAUGUUCUCUCAACUCAAACACUUUCAUAUUAGCUACUGUCAUGGAAUAAAGACAUUGAUGACAUCAAGCUUAGUCUCAGACUUUCAAAACCUGGUAUCUAUAAUUGUGUCAAACUGUGAUUCAAUGGAACAGAUAUUUGCACUGACUUCUGAUGACAAUGAUAGUAUCAAAAUUACACUCCCUAAGUUGACCACUUUGUGUGUAAGUUUUUUACCACAAAUAAAGACAGUGUCCGAGAGAAUUUUAGUAUGUAAGUAUGGGUUUAGACCGGUCUUCUUUGGUUGUCCCAAAUUAUGUGAACCCAUAAUAGAAUCUAUCAUUUGACUGUGUUGAUUAGAUGAUGAGACGCUUAGUCUUUAUGUUCAUUAUUCUUGAAUAGACAAAAUAAAAUCAUUAUUUACUUUUUGAAAAAUAUGAGGUUUACUAAUAUGUUUGUGGAAGAACAUAUAUAUGUGUAUCGACUCCAUAUAGAAUAACGUUUUCUUUACAAAAGAUGAUAAUUCUUUGAAAAAAAAAUAAAGAGUAUAUUAAUAUACUUUUGAUCAUCCUAAGUGUUGUGCAACAUUUUGAAACAUUGUUGCACAAAAUUGAGAUCUCCAUCAGAAUACUAUCGCUCAAUUAAUGAAAGAAAAUGGAUGUAUGUGAAGGAUAUUCAUAGAAAAUCAUUUUACAAUUGAUUUUUGGUCACUACCAGGAAAUUAAGUAUGAAGUUUGAAGUUCAAAAGAAAAAGAAGAUUAAUAACUUAUUUAGUUUCUUUUCCGUAAUAAUAGCUCUUAAGUUUUUUUCUUUUUAAGAUUUUUCUUUCAACAGUAUUGAUAGUUUAAUUAUAAGAAUACAAUACAAUACUACUUUUGCAAGUUAGCUGCAUGUUGCAAUCAACGAUGAUUAUUCAAAGUUACAAGACUUGGCCUUUAGAAUGCAUAAACUAUUUUAUGUUUCAAAUGCCUUACACACCCAACC